AUGGCAACUGAUCCAGCAUAUAUGUCAGCAUCUGUAAAAUCUUAUCCAUUUUCAAUGUCAGAUAAAUUGGCACUAACUAAAGAAGAAAUCAUUGUUAAAGAUGAUGAAUUAACAUGGGAUGAACGAUGUCAUAAUUAUCGUGUUUCGUGUUAUAAUCCAAAAUAUCGGGAAGUUUGUGAAAGAGAUGGUUUAUCAUGGGCUAAAAUAACUCUUUACUAUUUUUUAUGGUUUAUGUUUAUGGCUGUUAUAUGUGCAUCAUUUGUUGGAAUUUUUAUGGCUAUUAUUGAUAAACGUAUACCACCCUAUAGAGGAAAUUCAAGUGCUAUUGCUUUAGAUACAUCUCGACCAAAUCCUGGUCUUGGUUUUCGUCCUCAAAUAAGUGUACAAAAAGUAUUAAUAAAAUAUCGUUCAUCUCAUCGUGAUACAUUUGAUUAUCGUCAUGGUUGGGGUGAAUAUAAAGAACAAUUAGAUGAAUUUUUAGCUUAUUAUACAGAAGCUGAUAUUCGAUAUCAACGAGCAAUUGAUUGUAAUGGUAUUUCAAUAGAUAAACUUCGUCCACAAUUUUAUGAAGAACCAAUUACAUAUCAAAAUGCUGCUGAAGUACCUGAACAAUUUAAAGCUAUAUGGGAAAGUGAAUUUUCUGAUUAUAUAUUAGUUGAAUGUAAUGGUGAAAAUGAUGUUGAUAGAGAUUUCAUAUAUGAAAUAGAAUAUUUUUCACAAAUGAAUACAACUAAAAUAGUUUUUGUUCAUUUUAAAAAAAUUGAAACAAAUGUUUUAAUUAAUGUUGAAUGUCGAGCUUAUGCAAGAAAUAUUGAUCAUAAUGAUAGUUUAGAAUUUAUACGUGGUAGUGUUCAUUUUGAACUUAUUGUUGAAUAA